AGAAAAUCGAACGUAACCACCAUUCAGAAUCGUACACCUGUAAGUUAUCGUUAGUGACAGGGCUGUGACUGACUCUAUCCUUAUAAACUGACGUCGGACCUCCGCCAUAAGCUUUUCUCACCUGCUAAAAUAUUUGAAGAAGCAUUAGAAAGAUCAUUUCCAAGACACUUUCCUAGCAAUUUCUUUAUUUCCAGCAACUUGAAUCGUGUCUAGUAAAAUGAGCAGAGCACAAGAUCCACCGCGAGGUUUUUUCCCAUUUGGAAACCCCUUUCGUAUGCUAUCCCCCAAGGGCUCAGAUUUAUCACCGUGGCUACUCUCUCUAUUGAACGGCUUUGAGUUACUUUUAGCAGAGAGGCUCAAGAAACUUAUGCCUAAGACCAAAGACGACAUCCUCACUUUAUCCUGGAUGAAGCUAGCUAUGGAGUCACUCUGCGAGACUCAUAAAAACAUAAACACACUCAUCACUGAUCUCCAGCUUCCUGUCUCUGACUGGGAAGAGAAAUGGGUUGAUGUUUACCUCGACAUAAGCGUCAAAUUACUAGAUCUCUGCAACGCGUUUAGCUCAGAGCUCACACGUCUUAACCAGGGAGAUCUCUACCUCAAGUGUGUGCUUCACAACUUAAAGUCUGAUUCUGGCGAGAAGUAUCUCCAGGCUCGGUCUUCUCUUGAUAGCUGGAGGCAACAUGUUAGUGCAAACAACGCUAGAAUUGAAAACUGCCGUGCGGUUCUAGACUCUCUUGUUAAGACUCUUACCUUGCCUAAGGUUAAGAACUCUCCUAAAGGAAAGGUUCUUAUGAGAGCUUUUUACGGUGUGAAGGUUCAAACGGUUUAUAUCUGCAGUGUAUUUACCGCUGCCUGGUCUGAUUCCACCAACGAUCUUUUCGACUUACCUGUCUCUGAUAAACCAUUGUGGGCAAAGGUUUUCACUGAUAUGCAGAGUGUUGUAAACGCUGAGAUCAGAGACAUGUUGUCUUCAGGUAGAAGUACGAUUCUCAAAGAGCUUGAGAGCGUAGAUGCUAGUGUUGAGAAGCUAUAUCCGAUGAUUCAAGAUGGUGUUGAUCCUAUGGAAGUUGAAAAUUUUAAGGAGUAUGCAAUGGAACUGGGGAUACAAGCUGAGAAACUGUCUCAAGGAUUAGAUCAGUUACUAGAGGAAGUUGACAGUUUCUUCAAAAUGACUUUAAGUGGACGAGAUGUGUUGCUCUGUAAUCUUAGGUCAAGUGACUCAAUCUCUGGCAAUGCAGUUGGAGAAGAUGCGGAGUAAAGACUAUGAGGUAAACAACAAGUGUGAGCCUUAUAGAAAGGCAGAGUCUAGGUCUCUGAAAGUGUGCAUCUGUUGAGCUUGUCUCUUUUUGUUUAAGUGUGUUGGUCUUGUUUGUACUGAUUGAAAUCAAAUACAAAAUAUAUAAAAGUAAUGUUUGACUUGUUCUUAAUAAAGAUAUUUAAU